GAUUGGCUCGUGUUCAACUCAAUCUCGGACGAGAUCCCUGAAUUGUCUCGCAAAGCUUGAAAAUGUUUUGGAACAGUUAACAUUCAAACCAAGCUUGAAUUCGUUAAUCGCCCCUGCGGAAAUCAUUAGUUCCAAGAAGCAGAGAGGGAGAGGGAGAAUGAGCGAGUCGAGUAUCAGGCUUUCUUCUUCAGCCUCUAAACGAAACUCCAAACGUCUACUCUUCGACAGGCGCUACGGUUGGAUUUUUGAUGAAUGGAAAGACCCAGCGGAGGAAGCCCUGGCAGGAGGCAGACAAAUGUUUUGCAUUGUGCCUGUAUCAAAAGCUUGGUUUUGUAUGGCUUCUCAAUGGAUUAACCUUGUCGGAAGCUCCACAGUUGAGGUUAUUAAAAGACCAGAGUUGCUCUCACCUCAAAUACUGCAAUCAAAUAUCAACAACCAACUGCAGAAAUGUAUUUCUUUCAUACAAAAGCCAGAAUUCAACUUAUUUUCUUUAUUAACAUGGGAGCUGAUUGCUUCAAUGUCUCAUCCAGAUCCGAAAACCAAUGAAUCACAAACCGGUUAGCAGUAGUUGACUCUUCAUUACUUACCUUUCGUCUUAUUAAUUUAUCAUUCUUGUUUGUAGUGCUUGUAACGUAUUUGUGGAUUCUUAUUGGCUCAACUCAAUAUCACUACUGAAUCAUCAAUCUUAUCUGUUUCACUUA